AUGUCGACACUCACGCCCGUCCAAGCCGUCUUCGCCAAAGUGCACCACUCCACGCCCGGCCUGACGUUCCCGAAGACGGUCGCGGCGCUGCUCCAGCUGGGCGUGACGCGGUACCACGUGGACUACAGCGCACACACGACGACGACGUACGCGCCGAGAAAGUCGACUUCCGCCACCGCCACCGCUACCGAUACCGAUGCCGAUACUCCGAGCAUCGAGACAGAACAAAUCGCCAUUCCCGCUCCCUCCGCGGGACUAUUCAAGCCCGACACGCCUUGGGACGCCGCGGCGCUGACGCGGGCCAUCCGACGCGUCCAGCGCGGCGAAACCGUCUACGCCGAGUUCGCGCGCGAGUGCGUCGACGCCGGCGUCGCGGGGUACUUUGCCUUCUUGACCGGGAGGCGCGUCUUGUACUACGGCCGAGACGGGGACGUGCACGUCGAGUGGUUCCCCGGCGCGGGUCCCACGGUCCACCAGCAGUAG